AUGACAGCCACGGAAAAGUUGUUUGUCAAUGAAGAAAAUGUUAAUGAGUUAAUUGAAGAUGUUUUGAGUUCUCCACUCCAACAGAAAAUAUCUGUAGCCCCACCAUUAAUUGAAGUUCUUCAGAUCACUGACAGUAAUAUUCAAAUUCAUACACAGUCACAAGAAUGUCCUAACUCUGAUCAACUUGAUGUAAAAGAAGGGGCCUAUGAUGGAAGAAAUAAUUUGACUCAAAAUGAAAAUACAGAACAUCUAAUCACCACUACAGCUGAUUCUGAUUCAUCACUAGCAGUAGACAUUAGUGGUUCAGUUACAUGCUUGCAGCAAGAGUCUGUUGAUGUUUCACAAGUGCUAUCUGGAAAAUCUCAGCAAUCUGAGUCAGAAAUGGAACCUGGAUUCCUGAAAGAAAAAUGUGCUGUUAACAUAAAUGAGGAAAAACCCAAUUUAAAAGAACCAGUAGCAACUGGAGAGAAAGUAUUAGAUCGAGAUCAACCAUCUUUACUACAGAACAAAACUACAGCUCACCAUAUACCUGCUUUUGAAAGCAUAAAAGAAACCAAUAUGCAGGAUGGUAGUGUACAAAUUAUUAAAGAUCAUGUAACUCACUGUGCAUUCAGUUUUCAGAAUUCUUUACUCUAUGACUUAGACUAA